AUGUCGUUACCAGCCAUGGGUACGGACCGGGAGAGUCUCUGCUCGCUCUUUCACGCUUGUGAUGUGGAUAAUUCUGGACGGAUUGAAAAAGACGAGUUUGUCCAAAUCUGCUCAGAGCUCCUUGUCCCGCCGACGGAGAGAGAGCACAUAUUCUCUAAACUGGACACCGACAGAGACGGGACAAUCAAUCUAGCGGAGUUCAUUAGCGGCUUCCACCGGAUCUCUGAGCAAGUGUACUGCGGGGAUAUGGAGAGCAAGAGCUGGGGAGUCUCCUCUCAGGCCUGGGAAGAUUUCCAGACCCGACUAGGGGACCAUGCCCGGUUUAUACCCAGGAAUGAGCAGGCAGCCACGCUAUACCAGAACAUCAGUAUGACAGAGCCCAGGAUGGUGCCUCAGUAUGAGAGAGUCAUUAUGAGCUUCACCAGAGAGAUCAAGCAGCACAAUGCUGAGAUGGAGAACCUGGCCCUGGCUGUGAAACGAGCCCAUGACCAAGCCGCCAUGCAGCUCAGUGAGAUGGAGGAGGAGAUGGAUCAACGCAUCCAUGCAGCUGAGAACAACACACAGCAACAGGAGGCCAAUAGGACUGAGGCAGCUCUGAGUGAGCUGAAGAGACACUAUGAGUCUGAGGUGUGUGAACUGCAGCACAAGCUCCAGAAGAUGCAGCUGAUUGAAGACCAGUACAAGAACAUCAACAUGAAAGACGAGUCUUCAACCCUGAAGAGAAAGAUCAACGAACUGACUCUGGAAAACCAGCGGUUGAAGCAGGAGUUGAUGCAGUCUCAAACUAACAUAGCCUUCCUUCAGAGUGAACUGGCCUCUCUGAAGAGUGAUCUGACAGACCACAGCAUCAACUCUGAGCGGGAUGAGGCGAUGAUGAGAGAGUUCUCUGAUGAGAGGGAGAACCUGGAGCGACAGAUAGAGAUCCUACAAACAGCCAACAGGAAGCUCCAUGACAGUAACGACGGGCUGCGCAGUUCCCUGGAGAACACCCUCAGCAAGAGCAAUAAGGUGAGCAGUGCUUCCCCAGCCAGCACCAUUAGCAGGAGGAGCAAGAGUAUCUGUUACUCAUCACCAUACAGGUUCUACCAGGCGGGUGUGGAUGGUGUGGAUGUGGACGAAGACCUGCUGGGCCUUUGUGGAGGUGAAGGUGGUAGGAGUUCUCUGGGGUGUCGGCGGACCAGUCUGGACACCCUAGCCCUGGCUCUGUGUGACCCGGCCAUGCAGCGCAAACGCAGCUGUGAGGUAGACAGCCUGCCCGAGAGCUGCCUAGACAGCGGCAUGUCCACGCUGCGUGGCUCCAACAACGGAUAUGACUCUGAGCAGGAGGUGAAAGGGCACGAGGAGGAACAGAGGAUGGCCGGGAACACAGACAGCCUGGCGGGGGACCACUCAGACAACGACGUUGCAGAGAUGCGGGAUGAGAUGGUGUUUGGAUCAGACAGUGAUUCUGUCCUGGACUGGAAACCUUUGGAGUCAGUCAGCCGGACCAGCUCUGGAGCGUCCACACGCAAGGCCCUCUCUGCCAUCACCAAUGAGAAGGAGUCAGCUGACCUGGGCUAUAUGACAUCAGAGAAGGCCUACAGGGUGGUGUUGGCUGGCGACGCAGCGGUGGGCAAGUCCAGCUUCCUGCUCCGCCUCUGCAAGAACGAGUUCCGAGGAAACAGCAGCGCUACCCUGGGGGUGGACUUUCAGAUGAAGACUCUAGUAGUGGAUGGAGAGCCCACCCUUCUACAGUUGUGGGACACAGCAGGCCAGGAGAGGUUCCGCAGCAUUGCGAAGUCCUACUUCAGACGAGCCGACGGGGUCCUCCUGCUGUAUGAUGUCACCUGUGAACAGAGCUUUCUCAACGUGAGAGAAUGGGUGGACAUGAUUGAGGACGUGUCCCAGGAUGACAUUCCCAUCAUGCUAGUUGGAAAUAAGUGUGACCUGAGGGAGCAAGCGCUACAGGACAGUGUCACCUGUGUCCCCACCAGCUUCGGAGAGAAGCUGGCCAUGACAUAUAACGCCCUCUUCUGUGAGACUAGUGCUAAAGACGGAUCUAAUGUCAUAGAGGCCGUGCUGCAUCUGGCCAGAGAGAUGACCAAGCAGGUUCAUGGGGAUGAGAACCAGGAGUCUGUGACUAACCUCUACAGAAGUCCCAACAAGAAGAUGCCCACUGUCACCUGCUGCACAGGAUAAGAAACCACACAGGAACACUACUAGAGUAACCAAAACUCAGCACCAGAGCAACCACAGCAACAGAACACCCCAAUACUAGAACACUGUCAGCAAAGACAGAACAAGAGAAAAAUGAGACUUCAGAAUAACAGAACACAGGAGAAUCCAGUCAGAACACUUGAGUACCAUAACACUAGAAUAUCAGAACAGCUGAUUUUCUCAUAUGAGAUCAACUGUGCUUGUUUUAACUUCUACUUGCACACAAUCCCGGAUCCGGGAGCACCCCCAUCAGUAAAAAAGCUGACUAGCAUAGCCUAGCAUAGC